AUGGCUGGUCGAAUGUUAGUGUGGGGGUGGAGUGUGACAGUGUGGUGUGCCGGUAGUUCUGCAGCUGUCAGAGGGCCACGGCUCGCCGCCCGCUGUCUCCGGCGCCCUGCACGUGCACGCGGGGGCGGGGGCGGCAAGCGGAAGCGUUCGUGGUCGCGAGCUGUCUUCUCCAACCUGCAGCGCAAGGGCCUGGAGAAGCGCUUCCAGCUGCAGAAGUACAUCACCAAGCCGGACCGGCGGCAGCUCGCCGCCACACUCGGCCUCACCGACGCGCAGGUGAAGGUGUGGUUCCAGAACCGGCGCAUGAAGUGGCGCCACAGCAGGGAGGCGAAGGCGGCGUCCGCACCGGCUCCCGCCCCCGCCGCCCCCGCCACCGGAGACGCCGCCGUCGACUCCACGCAGCGCGACCCGCCCGACGGCGACGGCGACGCGGCGCUGGUGGACGUGCAGGCCAUCGACAGCGGCUGA